AUGGCGCGAGGCAUUCAACAUGCGCAUUAUGAACUGGAGCGUAGUGAGUUGAAUAUCCACUUUAAAGGGUCGGGGUGCAUUGUUCUUGUGGAUGGAGACGCAACUGUUUAUGGCGCGCCACUGAAGCGAAACCUUCGUUAUAAUUUCUCUUGGUGCGGCAUACCGGUGGUGUGUUCAUUGUCAUGUCGUGUGCAUGUGGAGGGGGAAUUUACGGCUAAGAUUUGUCUAAUGAGCUCCGCCAUUGAUGAUAUACACGCCUUAUUGGAUCUUGCACGGGCCGACGCCACCAUUAGCAACGAUUUGCCGCGCGAAUUUCAUGACAAAGGUCCACAAGGGCCUCGUGUUCUUGUCGUUGGGAAUCAAAACACAGGUAAGAGUAGCCUUUGUCGGGCGCUUGCAAACUUGGCGACUUCGGACAAAAAGUACGGUGUUGCGCUUGUAGAUACGGAUGUCGGUCAGCAAGGCAUCGCCUGUCCUGGGAGUAUUGCAACCGCAUUUAUAGAGGAAUACAUACCCGUGGACGAUGGAUUUAACACCAUGAUGCCCCUGAUUUUUUUCUUUGGCGAUAAAACUGUCACUGCAUCUUCGAGAAAACGGUAUUUGGACUUGUGUGCCUUCACUUCGCAGGCCAUUGCUUCGGUCUGUAUGUCGAAACCACAGUAUGCAAUAGGUGGGGUUAUUGUGAAUACAAUGGGCUGGACAACAGGCAUUGGGCGGGACAUCCUAUUCGAACUGAUUUCGGUCUUCUCUAUCACACAUGUGGUUGUUUGUGGGUCGGAUGAGGACCUCGCGGAGGAGUUACGGAGGGCUGCGAUUGGACACAGCAUCACCCUUCUGCGAUAUCCAAAACAGCCCCGCCUGUUUCAGCGUGGUCGAUCGCAACUUUGUGAAUCACGUACAGAGCAAUUGCUGACCUAUUUUAAGGGCACACUACGAACCCCCUUGUCGCCUUACCGUGGCGUUGCAUUUGUAAAGGACGUGUAUUUUCUGAAUGCGCUCACAUUGGAGGUGCUCUCGUGGCAAGAGGUGGCGCCGUUGAGCGUGGCUGCCGUUUCCUGGUCUGAUUCUUUGGAGUCGGUAGAUGAGGCAAACAUUGCGGGUUUUAUAGUUUUGCUAGAGAUUGGGAAAAGGUUUUUUUCCUUUCUUUCCCCUGCCUCGGGGAAUCUUCCAAAGCCUUUCCUGUUGGUGUCGUCCACCAUUAAGCUCCCAUGGUCAAAAGUCCCGCCGUUCACUGCCCCCGGAUGA